CGCGCCGCCCCCGCGCGGCCCCGCCCCGGGCAUCCCGCGCCGACCUGGCCUCGCUGCAGGGUGAGCAUCAUGGCCGCUUGGAGACAGCCCCAGGCCGGGGAGCUGCUGGCCGAGGCCCGUAGAGCGUUCCGGGAGGAGUUCGGGGCCGAGCCCGAGCUGGCGGUGUCGGCGCCGGGCCGCGUCAACCUGAUCGGGGAGCACACGGACUACAACCAGGGCCUGGUGCUGCCCAUGGCGCUGGAGCUUGUGACUGUGCUGGUGGGCAGCCCCCGGGCAGACGGCCUUGUCUCCCUCCUGACCACCUCCGAAGAUGCUGAUGAGCCCCGGCGGCUCCAAUUUCCACUGCCCACAGCCCAGCGGUCAUUGGAGCCCGGGACCCCCCGCUGGGCCAACUAUGUCAAGGGAGUGAUUCAGCACUACCCAGCUGCUCCCCUCCCUGGCUUCAGUGCAGUGGUGGUCAGCUCAGUGCCCCUGGGGGGCGGGCUGUCCAGCUCGGCGUCCCUGGAAGUGGCCACAUACACUUUCCUGCAGCAGCUCUGCCCAGACUCCGGGUCCAUAGCUGCCCGGGCUCAGGUGUGUCAGCGGGCCGAACACAGCUUCGCAGGGGUGCCCUGUGGCAUCAUGGACCAGCUCAUCGCACUGCUGGGGCAGAAAGGCCACGCGCUGCUCAUUGACUGCAGGUCCCUGGAGACAAGCCUGGUGCCGUUGUCAGAACCCAAGCUGGCCGUGCUCGUCACCAAUUCCAACGUCCGCCACUCGCUGGGCUCCAGCGAGUACCCUCUGCGGCGGCGCCAGUGUGAAGAGGUGGCCCGGGCGCUGGGCAAGGAGAGCCUUCGAGAGGUGCAGCUGGAGGAACUGGAGGCUGGCAGAGAGCUGGUGAGCAAGGAGGGUUUCCGGCGGGCACGACAUGUCGUGGGUGAGAUCCGGCGCACGGCCCAGGCCGCGGCUGCCCUGAGCCGCGGAGACUACAGAGCCUUCGGCCGCCUCAUGGUAGAGAGUCACCACUCGCUCAGGGAUGACUAUGAGGUGAGCUGCCCCGAGCUCGACCAGCUCGUGGAGGCCGCGCUGUCAGCACCUGGGGUUUACGGCAGCCGCAUGACUGGUGGUGGCUUCGGUGGCUGCACCGUGACCCUGCUGGAGGCUGCCUCCGUUCCCCAGGCCAUGCAGCACAUACAGAUCAGAAAACUGAGGCACAGAGAGGGCGAGCAGUUCAUCUGAUGUCCCACAGCAGAGCCAAAGCUAAAACUGAGAACCAGGGAGUCCAGCCAAGGACCCUUUGUACCACACUGCAGGGAAUCAGGAGGGAAGAGGAGCACUGGACCAGUGGACGGGACAGGGGACACUGCCUCCCUGACCCUGGGCAGGUGGCUGCUCUGAGCUUCUGGGUCAUGCCUGCCUCCUCCCACCUUGUCCCUGGGAGGUGGCCCGAAUGUCCUGACUCCAUGGCACAGCUGGUGAGCCUUCCAGAAGCAAGGCUGUGUUUCCACACUGGUCCCAUGUGCAUGAGCCUACAUGACUCUGUGUGCAUCUGCUCCCAAGCAAGUCUCUGCCUGUGCUUAUACACAGAUGUGCACACUACUGCAUGUGGGCCACGUUGGCGUUGUCCCCUCUGUACCCAGUGCCAGUAUGAUGCCUGCCAGAUGGUCGGCUCUGCAGAUAUCCACCUGGAGCUGAGAGGGACUUCUGGUCUUGACCUCUAGGCCCAGUGGUCAUCGGCCCCUUUGCUUUCUCUGGACACCAGUGACAGCCCCACCUCCUACCCAGGACUUCCUCUCAUGGAUCCCAGGCCCACUCACCG